AUGACUGGGAGAGUGACAAGCCUGGAUGAUGUGGAUCUGUCGCUGCUGCCUCUGCGGCGCACACACACAUACAACAACUUUUUGAAGAAAGAAAUCUACCAGUUCCAAGUGAUGAAGACUGCAACAUCUGAAGUUACAGUGCCAGAGCCCCCUAUCCUCUACACGUGCCACAUAUGUGCGAUCGAGGUACCGGCAGCGUUCGCGAGCGAGCACGCCGCGAGCCAAAAACAUCAAGCGAACAUUCGCAUAGCGAGCGUAGCGGCGGAACGAAUGCGUGCGUUCAUCUCCGCUCUCCCCCCAACAUACACUACUAAACCAUGUGCACGUUUCUGCGUAAACUGCUCGAAGGAGACUGAUGAGGACCACGAAAAGACAAAUGAACAUCGAGUCGCUGUAAUGCUUGAUAGCUUGCUAUGGGAUCUGAUGAAAGCAUACGUUCAAGAUCAUAAUGAAUCUAAAUUUAUUGAGAUACAUUGUAAACAAACAAAUGUAAGUAAUAACAGCAAAAUUAACGAUCAUAAACAGGAUGAAGUAAAUACUAAUCAAAUAGAGGGAAACGAUAAAAAUAAUGACGAUUUAGAUAACAACAGUCAACCAAUUGAAGUAAUAGAAGAGUUAGUAGAACAAGAGGGAAAAGUAAUUGACAAAAAUUGUGAAGUCAAUGAUAAUUCAGAGAAAUCUAGUGAAGAUAAUGUUACAGUUAACAUCGCUGAAAAUAUCUACACAAACAACAAAAUUGAAGAAAAAACAAGUAAGGAACAUAUUUUGAGACACGAAAAAGAUGAUUAUGGAGAAAAGUUACGCAAAUUUAUAAAUGAUAAAAAUUCAUUUGAGUAUAAGGAGUUAGUUAAAAUUAGUAUAAAGUUAAACGAGUAUAUAAUAAACAACAUUGAUAGUGAUCAUUAUCACAGCUAUGACAGAACGUGCGACGAUGGCAGUUUACACUGCAUAGUGUGCGAUUGCGUUCUCAAUGAUAAAGACGCUGAAGAUCAUAAAUAUGAUUUGGAACAUGUGCGUCGAGUUGCUAACUUGGGAAACGAUGGACAUUACAUAAGACAGAUAAACGAAUUCUACAGUCAUUGUAUUCUAUGUAAUCUAAAAAUACAAAACAUAGACUUGGAAUCACACAGUCAAUCAGCUACUCACAACGUAAAAGAAUAUUUGUACACGAAAACUCGUUCUGGUAUUAUCAACGAACACAGAGAAGCCGAAGUGUGCAAUGUAAAACUGGAAGCACUCAUUGAAAACGAGGAACUCGACUAUUAUGAGGAAUACAGUAAAAAAUAUAGCCUUGAUGAAUACUUUAUAGUCGGUGGCCAUGAUAACUCGGAGGAAUAUAGUGAAAAUGGAGAAGCCGAUGAUAGCAUGGAGAAAUACUGUGAAAAUAACGAACUCAAAAUGUUAUUCGAGGAACACAGUGAAGAUGAAGAACUCGAAGAUAACCUGGAAGAACACAGUGAAAAUGAAGAACCAAAUGAUAACUUGCAGGAAUACUGUAAUCAUGAAAAAUGUAAUGCUUGUCUGAAAGAACUCGUUGAGGAAUACAGUGAAGAUGAAGAUCCUGAUAAUAAUGCAAAGGAAUAUAGCGAAACUGAGGAACUUGGUGAUAAUGAAGAGGAUUACAGUGACAAUGAAGAACCCAUACAUAAUCUGGAGCAAUACUCUGAAAAUGAACCCCAUGACAGACUAGGAUCAGACAGAGAACAAGAGAACCACGAUAACAAUGAACUCAGUGAUAACUUGGACGAACACAAUAUAAAAGAAGAAUCUGAUAAUAACUCAAAGGACUACAGUGAAAAUGAAGAGCUUAAUUAUAAUCUAGAGACAUGCAACGAAAAUGAAGCAUUUGAUAAUAACUCGAAGGAAUACAAUGAAAAUGAAGACUCCGAAGGUAGCUGGGAGGAUGAGCUCAUUGACAUUGUGAAAUUAACAGAUGGCAUCACUAACAAUAUUAUGGCAAAAAUCGAACAACUAACAACAGAACCGGAAGAAGACAACAUAGAAAGCAAACAAGAGGAAAUAAAGAAAAAUAUAGUAAAAUAUGACUCACAGCAAUAUGCAGAAGAACUACGCAAAUAUAUAGACGAUAAAGACUCUUUCGAAUUCAAAGAAACUUAUAUUAUGGCUCAAAUAAAAAUAAAAGGCAGUAUUUUAAAAACGUAUAGUGACCGUUUUCACGGUUAUAACAGACUGAGCGACAAAGGCACAAUAAAAUGUAUGGUUUGCGAUUCGGUUUUCGAUGAAGAACAUGGUGAUGAUCAUAAAUUUGAUUCGAAACAUAUGCAGAAAAUCGCGAACUUAGGAGAAGAUGGCCAUUAUAUCAGAGAGAUCAACGAAACACACAGCCACUGUAUUUUGUGCAAUUUGAAAAUUGAAAACAUAAACGUGGCAACACACAAGGAGUUAUUUUCUCAUAAAUUUGGUAAAAGAUUGUUUACUAGGAGCACUACUACAAAAGUUAUUGAAGAUGAAGACGUCAUUGCAAGAGACGGCACCGAAAUACAACACAGCCCCUCAGUAAUCAAUCAAUCAAUCAAGGAUUAUGAAUCUGAUUGUCAUUCCGAAAAUCAUGAUGCGGAUCAAGAGUUAAAUGUUGAUAAUGUUGAAAUCAACCAAGUUAACAUAAGCACUAUAAGCGCUGACGAACCUAAUAGUAUUCAAUUAACGAAAGAUCAGAACGUUCUAGCUACUAACAAUGUAGAAACUGUCGAAGCUAAAGUUGUGAUAGAAAAUUGCACCAGCCCCUAUGACCUAAUCAACACAGUAAAAAAAUUUGAAACUAACGAUCAUCAUGAACAUGAUACAAAAGAUUAUGGAAAUGAACUUCGUAAAUUUAUAGAUAGCAAAUGUCAUUUCGAGUUCAACGAAAGGUCAAACGUGAUACGUAUAAUGAUGAAUGAUGAAAUAAUAGGUAUUUACAGUGAUCAUUUUCACAGUUUUGAUAGGACGAACUACGGCGGAAGAUUGAACUGCAUAGUUUGUGAUUGCAUUUUAAAUUUCGAAGAGGCUGAGGUACACAAAUACGAUCCAAAACAUAUGCGUAGAGUCGUAGACUUAGGAAAUGAUCAACAUUAUCUAAGAAAGAUAGACGAAUCGUACCGCCAUUGCAUUCUAUGCAACUUGAAGAUUAAAAACGAAAACCUGGAUAAACACAAGCGGGUCCUACUUCACACUAUAAAAAAAGAUCUCUACACCAGCAAGACUGAAAUAAGUAAAAAAGAAGUCACAACUGAGAAACCCGAUAGUGAGAUUCAAGAUGGCGAUCGAGUAUCUAAUGAUAAAAAUGUAACUAAUGCUGUAGGUGCGAUAAAAAAGAUUGAUACAAUCGUUGGUACCAAAAUUGAACAUCCAUAUGAAGUUACAGCGACAGGUACGCUGCGGUGUAUGGUAUGCGAUUGCAAAGUGCCGAACUGUGCCCAAAACAGAGAAGAGCAUGUCAGGGGUUGGAGGCAUCGUAAUCUGAUAUGGCAUAGAUAUGCAUAGUUCAACGAUAAAUGUUUUUUCACCACACCAGCUCGGAAAGGCUUACUUUGCACUUCAAAAACUGAUAGCAAAGUUGCAUUUUAUUCACAUGUGAGGCAAAGUAAUCAAAUGCAAAUUUUGAGUUGUUUUCCUAUGUUUGCUGGUUGAAUUUACUUUUAAAUGAUGAUUUUGGAUGAUAAAUAUUUAAUAACAUUCAUUUGGAUUUGAUUUGGUUUGAUUUUUUUGAUAUUUC